CAUUGGGGCACUACACAUACAACUUUUGGGAAUCUGUUUCAUAUGCUGGUCGGUGAUGUUCUACUUUUCUCUAGCAGUAGGAUGUCUUCAAUCAAGGAAAGAGCCGCGGCUCUAAAUCUUGCAGAAAAACUUUCUGUGGGUCCAGCUUUUGGACAAGCCAUUACGCCAGGCCACAAAUGUCUCCAGUGGCGCUCCCUGAUCACCUACCUCAAGUCCAAUGUAACCAUAAAGAAGAGACGUGUCCACAUGAAAUCUCACAGUGACUGCUUCCUGGGCUCAGAGGCUGUGGAUGUUGUGGCAGAACAUCUCAAGCUAUCCAUGAAAUUAGCAGACACAGAUGUGACACGACACAAAGUGGUGUGUGUGUGUCAGGCACUGUUGGAUUGUAAUGUGUUUGAGGUGGUGGGAGCAAAAUCAACGGGGAAAGAGCAGAAGCAGAUGUUUCAGGACAGUAAAAACUAUCUUUACAGGUUCAUUGAGGUACAUAUACCUUCUGUUGACGAGCUGGAGAGGGGUGUUCUUGCAGUGGGACUUCAAACAUUUUUCUGCAAUGUCCUUUCAGAAAAACUGGAGAAGCAGGCAAUUCCCACACCAUCUCAUGUUGAAAUGCUGGAUGUUCCUGAAAUGGAGAGCCUGACACUGGAGGCCCCUGUGGACAGUUUGAGUCUCAAUCCAAGCAAAGAAAAAACAGUGAUAGAUGAGGUAUGGCAGGAACUGACCCUACUCCGUCUCCUGAACCUGGUGGAGCUCCCUGUGUUGGACGGAAUUCUCCAGCGCUGUCUAAAUCCAGUGUCUCCUCAAAAAGCACAGCCACCGCUCCCUCACAUUAAUCCAGAUCUCAUUCACAGCAGCAACCACCUGGACAGGAAGGUCCUCAAGGCUUUCAGGGACUCCCAGGAGGAUCCAUGGCUGUGUGCUGCUCUAGAUUGUCUGGACUUUUUGCCAGACCAGUCAGUGGUGGGCUUGAGUGGGGCUCUACCUUGUUGCUUCUCUGAAGACCCUAGUGGAAUACAGAAGUCUUGUUAUGAACAGCCUCUGCUUUCUUCUAGCAGUUUAAACAAUUAUAAACUUUUGGUUUAUGGAGCACUGGCCAAGCACUACAGCCACACAGACAAAGCUCCACUGAUGCCCCAACACAUGACUGACAUUUACAAAGCUAUCAUUGAACUGCUUGUGACAGCUAAGUUGGGCACUGCUCUGGAGGCCUUGCAGUUGUGUCUAAAGCUGUUGCCCAGCAGCAACAGAGAGGAGCUGCGUCGCCUGCUGACCUUUAUGGCCUUGGCAGCACAACCAGAGGCCAUCAAGCUAGACACUGAAAUGGAAAACAGGCUGGUCGUGAAGAGGGCUUUCUCUAGGACCAUUCUCCAUAGCAAAAGUCUCACAAAGGAAAAAGAAGACCUGAUGGUUGUCUUCAUGCUCAGCAAUAUUCACGACAUAUUUAAGAUCCCUGGUGCCCUGCACAAAGAAGUGAGUGAUAAGUUGGUUCACCUUGUACAAGGGAAGCAGCCCGAUGUGGCCGGCUCCAUGUUCUGUGUGCAAGUCUCAAAGAGAACAUAUGUGGACUCAACAAAAACAACCACCAAUGAUGAACUAUGGAAACUGUUGGACAAUAUUCACUGCAACAUAAAAAUAUCCAGCAAGGAGAGAAAACGCUUACUUCGACAGUUUUACCAGGCACACCCAGAGGUUUUUAACCAAUAUUUUGGUGACUCUGCUGUCUCUCUUCUUUAAACUUUGAGCAAUAAAAAAUAUGCAAAAUGUG